UUUUUCCUUUGCUCCCUCCCCAUUCUUCCCCCGUGUUCUAUACCUAUGCCCAACCAAUUCAAUCGACACCCUUCUAAACAGUCGAUUGGAUAUUUCACCAGGUCGCUUGUAGAUCUGGUCAUUGUGACAUGACCGCAUAAUCGCAAAAGGAAUUAGGCAGAAGCCAUAAUGAACCCGAGCCAGGAGCCACUCUGGCAGUGGCCGAAUUCUUCCACGGCUCCCAGUCCUGAGGCAGGCCAAAGGUUUGAAGAUACUCACCAACAUGAUGAUUCGGCUGCCCCUCCGCCGGAGUCGUCCCAGAAGCACUACCCACCUCGUGUAUGUCGCAUCUGUUUGGAAACAGUUCUACCUACCUUCCUUCCUCCUUCCGAUAACAUCCCUGGUUUUCUCCAACCCAAAGCACGGGUGGUCUAUGAGUCUUCUGAUGCGGAGCUCGGCCGACUCCUACGUCCCUGCAAGUGCAAAGGAUCUUCACGAUAUGUGCACGAGGGUUGCCUUCAAGCAUGGCGACAUGCAGACCCGGGCUAUAGCAAGAGGAAUUUUUGGCAUUGCCCAACCUGUGGCUUCCAGUAUCGGCUAGAACGUCUCACAUGGGCGCGCUGGAUCAGUAGUACAUCCGCGCAGCUUGGAUUGACUUUGUUGAUAUUGAUGCUCACUGUUUUUAUGCUUGGUUUUGUUGCUGACCCGAUCAUUAACCUCUACAUCAACCCAAUGGAAACCAUUAUUUACUCUGAAUUUUGGGAUCCCAGUACCGUGUCUAGCGUCUUGCCGACGGAAAAGCAGCCCUCAUGGAUUACGCACUUUGUGAAAGGUUUGGCGUCGUUAGGCUUUCUGUCGUUCAUCAAAGCCAUAGUCGCCAUGUCACCUUGGCAGUGGUGGCAUGUUCGUCCUAGUGGCUUGGUCAGUAGUGGCAGGACCACAGGCAGAAGCCGAGUAGCGUCAAUCACUUGGGUUGUCAUCCUGGUUGGCGUUUGCAGUUUCCUUUGGGCUGUCUACAAAGGCGUAAGAAGCUGGAGUCGGAGAGCCCUAGAAAAAGCCGGUGAGCGUGUCAUGGAUGUCCCAUUGCCUGAUGAUGAGGAUGAGGAUGAGGACGAAAAUGACCCGGCUUCGGAGAAAUCCGAGCAACGUAAAAAAGAGGAAUAAUCCUGUCCUUCACAAGGAAGACCAUUUGGUGUCUGUAUAAUGUUCCAUGUCAACAGCUUGAACCCUUGGUGAUUUCCACGCACUACUUUGAGUUGUCACGGUCCUUCUCAAUGACGUGCCAAUCAGUCAAUGUGCGGAGAAAACCCCUGACCCUCGCUAACUCUUGAACAAUGUCUGAGAAGUUGGAUCCUUGGUCUGAGCGUUUUGUUCUUCCUAUGAUAUCCCUCUUUACAAACCAGCCAUUGUUCAAGGGGAGGGUCGAACUGCACCUUCUCGAUCAGUCUAGGCGCUUCAAGUAGUGAGCGUUUUCGAUUGAAUGCAGUACAUACCUUAUGUAACUUAAUAAUUAAUACAGCUGUUGUAGCCACGGGAAA